GUUUUACACGUUUGAUGCCAUUUGCGUUCUGACAUAAGCAACAGAGGACUUAGCUAGAGCUGUCGCACGGAUCAUCGCACGUAGAAAAAAGCCUUGAAACUCUGAAAUUAAUUAAGCGAUGACAAUCUAAUUUAUUUAGAUAUUAAGCCAUGACAGACGCCAAAGUGACACUCGGUUUAAUGUUCGUCAUGAUCUUGUCCAAAUCUACCAGAGGAAACGAGGUGAGAGAAUCUGUGACACCCAUGGUGACAUACGAAGACCCAGUCGGGAUUACUUUAUGGCAGGCUAAAGUAAUUAUGAUAUUACCCGAGACAAUAUCAAAUUGGAAAAUGGUGAUCUAUAUGACUGAAAGAAUCAGAGACAUAAGAAUUGUGAACUAUGCUGGUAAGGCAGGGGAAGUAUGUAACAGCACUGUAAAUGGGACUGCAGAUCACUUUGUUCUUGAGCCCUACAACAUUCACGUGGCCGCUCUAAACACUGGUAGUACAUUACAGUUGGAUUUUACCGUAGCUCUGGUGGGUACUCUUACACCCAGUGCAGAGGCAGUUCUAGUGCCUAAUCCGAUGUCUGCUAGUUUGUGCAAUAAUGUAUCUUUGACUGAAUCAACAGUUAGUGUUAUGUCGACAAAUUCAGUUAUAAUGUCAACUGCAAGUGCUGCUUCAUCAGCUAUAACUUUAUCAAAUACGAUAACUUCAGAAUUGUCAACAGUUAUACUAUCAACAUCAACUCUUUCAAUCCCAAUAACGUCACAACCUUCAACAGAUUCUGUUGUUAUAACAAGUACAAUCGUACCAAUGGGUACCUUAUCAAGUACACUUGCAACACAAACUCCAGAAACUGUACAAACCACGAGCACAAUAGAAUCAACGAAUACCCUUUCAACCACCGCACAAACCUCAACAACUGUACUAACUGGGAGCACAAUAGAACCGACGAGUACCGUAUCAAGUAACACCAACGCUUCAGCAACAGUACCGACUGCGAUAUUACCAACGAGUACACUAUCAGGUACAAUCAUUGUACAAACUUCAACUAUAGUACCGACUGUGAGCGCAAUAGUACAAACGAGUACACUAUCAGGUACAAUCAGUGUACAGACUUCAACAACAGUACCGACUGCGAGCGCAAUAGUACCAACGAGUACCCUAUCAGGUACAACCAUCGCACAAACUUCAACAACAGUACCGACUGCGAGCACAAUAGUACCAACAAGUACAUUAUCAAGAACAACUACCGCACAAUCUUUAGAAACUGUACCAACUGCAAGCAGAACAGUACCAAUGAGUUCCUUAAUCACCACAAACCCCUCAACAAUUGCAACGGUGCAAAGAUCUACGACACUUUCCCGAACAAGUAUACACUAUUUCAGCAGUACAACAAUUUCUUAUAAAUACAAACGUCCGAAACCUCGACAUUUCGCUCCUUCGGAAGCUAAAUUGGCAUAUCUGCUUGGUAGUAUGGCAACAUUACUCAUGGUGGCAGCACUUGUAUUCAUAGUUGUACUUGACUCAAGACGCCUUUUUCGGAACACUCGCUGGGGGUGCUAUAACUUAAGAUAUGGAAUACGACGUUUGCUCAAAUACGAAUUAGAUGAUAUAGAUAUAAAGUGGUACAAAAAAUUAUCGACACGAAGAAUAAAAAAGGAACUUCAUUAA